GCUUCGGUCGUGUGCUCGUUUGUCGUGUCGGGCGUAGUACACGAGGCCGUUGGGUUCGUGGCCAUGCGGCGCACGGUUUGGCCGUUCAGCACCUUCUUCCUCGCCGUCACCGCGUCCAUGGCGCCGUUCUGGGACACGCUGUUUCCCGUUGUGGCGGACACGAGCACCCCCGGCACACGGCCUACGGGCAGGCGUGCGUUCGCAUCCAUUGCCGCUGGUGGGAGUGACGGUGGUGGAACCUCGGCCGAAACGGAAGCGGAGAAUUCUGCAGCAGUGCCCAGCACGGCCGCGAGACCAACCACAGCGCAAGGUACAGUCAACGCGUGUAGCGGGAAUGAUAUUGGCGCUGAGAACGGGGAGCCCGCCGAUGGCCAGCAUGCGGGCCACCCUUCGAAGGGUGUUGCGAACAAGAACCGGGUUGUGACUGGGCAGCAGGGGAGUGAGGCCCCACGCUUGGGGAGGAAAGGAGCUCCCUGGCCGAAGAUUGGCCGUCGGAGAGGUUGGGCAGCUGCCGUAGUCUACGGUGGGAUGUACAUGCCCCUAGCUUUGGUUGUGGACUAUUUUGUGUGGCAGUGGUGGCGACACACCCAUAUGGCCGAGUGAUUUUGUGACAAGUGUAUGACCUGUAGGGAGUCCCGCGCCCUAGCUCUCGAGCAACGUUGCUGAUCGUACAAACCGGAGUGCCUCGUGGAUCGCGUAAGCAAAUGUGUUCGAUGAUUGGUAUUGUCUCUAGUGUAUGUGGUGGUGAGAGGUUGUGUAACAGUUGAUGUCGCUCAAGUGUCUCGCCCUUUCGAGCAACAUGCGUUGUACAUACACUACACU